AUGACGAUGGAGCCGAUCGGGGUCGGCAGCCAGUUUGUAACCCGUGCGUACAGCAUGACCAAGGAUGUUCCCGUUUUCAGCAUAGCCUGUCCAAGUCAGCAAUCUCUCCACUCUGGCCAUCACCACACAGGAAGUCUACAGCAGGGGCCUUCCGACCACGCUUCAACAGCUUGCAUCGACGAUGAUGGUGACCUCCUUCUAUUCACCGACGCGAACAGGUUCUUCAGUGACGAAGCCAAGAGACUACUGGCCCUGCGAGGUAGGCUUUGUGGAUUCGACAAUGACGAACCAGCACUGUAUUCGGACAGUUCCAUUGGAUCGGGAACUGGUGGCGAAACUUCUACGCUCGUUCUUGGGAAGAGAAAACAUGGUGGUGCUGGCGGAGAGGUCUUAUCUGCGACGUCAGCGCCAGCUUCAGCAGCCGCGGCACCUCCCGUAAUCGUCAAGAAACGAAGGCUCGCCGCGAACGCCCGUGAAAGGCGGCGCAUGCACGGCCUAAACGUCGCCUUCGAUCGACUGCGUCAAGUUGUACCUUCCAUCGGCGACGACCGGAAGUUGUCCAAGUUCGAGACACUUCAGAUGGCCCAGAGCUAUAUCACGGCGCUCACCGAUCUGCUCGUCAGAGAUUGCUGA